AUGGUGGAAUUUCAUCAGUCGUUUCUACUUACAUACAAUUUCACCAUACAAUUUCACCAUACCAAAUCUGGUGUUUUUCACCAAAUCUUUCUCGAUAAGGAUGGAGCUUACAGAGGUGAGGUGUUUCAGAGGUUUGUGGUGUACUGGAUGGUGGAUAUGGAGGAGAAGAUGGUGGAGAAAAGGGUGAUUGUUAGCAGUGGAAUUGGGUAUACGGAACAGCAGAAAUCUGAGUAUCUGGAGAGGAGAAGAUUGGCGGAAUGUUCCAGAGAUUUUGGUACAAGAAAAAUCAAGAGAGGGAGAGGGAAGAAGGUCGAUGUUGGAUGUGUUAAAUCAACAGUUGCAGGUGGUGAUGUUAUUUCCGACAUGAAUAGAGCAAGGAAAGUGAGGUGGUGGUCCGUGGCGGCGAUCAAGCGGGUUUCCGAUGGUCCUUGUAUCUCCGGUGGUCGGAUUCUAAUUUCAAAGGGAGGUGAGGGACGAUGA